CUCAUGCGCGACCAGAUGCUGGACACCGUGUCCUUCUUGCUGCGCUUCUUGCUCAUUUGCGCGGCCGGCAGCGUCAUCAAAGUCAGGGCCUCGGAGGUCGUUGAGCAUAGUUUUCGAGUGAACGCCCUUACGUGGGGAGCGAGCAGCAAAGCAAAGUGGAUCCUUCUCCUUCACCAACUGGACACUGUGAGGCCGACUACCACAUUUGGUGGACUUGACGUCGGAUUGGGGCUCAUGUUAUCGGUGAGAAAAAUAUUUUCACCGAGAGGGGAACAAUAUUGCUAUAAGAUAAACUUUACUCAGUGUCAUUGGACAAAAUUUAUUGAUUAGAAAUGUCUGGCCUAUGCGCUUGCUUGCAGUUGUUCGCGACUACGACGACGUACCUGCUUGUUCUCCUUCAAUUUGAAAAGUGAUCACUGCAUACCAAGGUUAUAGUGUACCGCGUCAUUUCCAUAUUCGACAAGUUUGACCAGCAUCGACAUUCCCUGAUAUCACGAUAAAACGUUUCCUGGCUUUCGCAGGAACUCCCUGGAAAUCGUCCGUCUUAACCAUAGACUUGGAAAACCAUGAAACGGUUUUACCGUGAUAACAAGUCCAAAAAUGAAACUUUCUGUUGUCUUUCUGCCACGUGUUUAUCAAACGAAACUAAGAAUUUAAUUCUCUAUCCUUUGAAUCCAUGUUCUGAUUGGGAUUGUAAGCAUUCAAAAAAUAAA